AUGAAGAAGACGCUGGUCCUGUGCUUCAUCCACGGCUUCAAGGGCGGCGAGGAGACGUUCGGCGCCGACUACCAGUUCACGCGCGACCUUAGGGAUGCGGUCGCGCACAAGCUGCCCAAGGUCGACGUCCGGGUGCUCGUCUACCCCAAGUACGAGACGCGGGGCGACCUGGGGCAGUGCGUGAGCCGCUUCCGCGACUGGCUGGAGGAGAAGGUUAUUGACUUGGAGGUGGCGGCCGGCACGCCGUCGCCGACCGUCGACCCAUCGGUACGCACCAUCCUCAUCGGCCACUCCAUGGGCGGCAUUGUCGCCGCCGAGAUGGUCAUCGCGCUGGCUUCCGAGAAACCCAUCUACUCCGAGGACGGCAUCCAAAAGAACGACGACGGCGGCAGCAGCGGCGGCAAGCCCUUCAACGCGCUCAUGUUUCCGUACGUCCAGGGCGUGCUGGCAUUUGACACGCCGUACCUAGGCAUCUCCCCGGGGGUCGUUGCGCACGGCGCCGAGGGCCAGUACCAGAACUACCAGGCCGCUGCGGCGACGCUCUCGCAACUGAGCGGCCUAGGGAGCAGUCUCUGGGGGUCGACUAGCAAGGCCGCCGGCGGCGCAGGCGCUGGCGCGUCUAAGGCCAUCGCAGCACCGCCCAAGUCCCCGUCUCCAGGCCCCUCGUCAUCGUCCUCCUCGCAAUGGGGCAAAUGGGGUAAAGUUGCCAUGUUCGCGGGCGCGGCAGGCGCGGUCGCUGCGGGAGGGGCGGCUGCGUGGGCGAACCGUGAUCAGAUCACCACGGGGUGGACGUGGGCGUCGUCGCACCUCGAGUUCGUCGGGAGCCUCGCCCGGCCCGAGGAGCUCAAGAAGCGCGUGCGUGGCAUGGUGCGCCUGAGCGAGGAGCUUGAUGUAGGCUUCGCCAACCUGUACACGCGGCUGGGCAAAGCGGCGCCCUCCAAGACGGUCAGUAUGGUGGGCACCGUGCUGGGGCCCGAUCGCACGUUCUGCAAUCUGCCCAAGAAGAUGGACGCGGGGGAGUGGCGCGAGGCCGUCAAUGACAAGGCCACAGACGAGACACAGGCGCACAUGAGCAUGUUUGAGCCUGGCGAGAAUCCGGCAUAUGAGGCGCUGGCCGACAACGCGGCAGGGUUGAUUGAAGGAUGGCUCCAAAACGAAUGGUACGAGACUAGCACGCAAAGGGUCGGCCAGGGGAGCAGCAAGGAAUUUGGUGAAAUGAGGCUGGAAAACGCAUGGGCGUAG